GAAUUCCACAACUGGGCGUCUAAACAAUAAAUUGAGUAACAAGUGUUAUUGUACUGUUUGUUUUGGCGUACACUUCAAUUCUCUGUUCUACACGCUUAAAAGUGCAAGACCGAUGCGCUUAGUAAUUCCGCUCAUCUAAGAAGAAUGUCAGUUGUGUUGGACGAUCCAAACGAGUUCACGAAAAAUCCGUUUUACAAAUUUCACGAACCCAGCGAUUACAAAGCGUUCUACGUUACAUUAGCCCUUUGUACUGUGUUGGCUGUUGUGAUCGUCGUACUCAACGUGUUUUUCUGUUGCUUCUCCAAACACCGUCACUACUGGAGAAACAGCGAAACUGGAAAUCGAUAUAUACUGCCUAUUUGGAUUAAAACGCCAGCAAAACAAGCUCCGUUGGAUCUGAAAGAGCUGGAAACCAACUUCUCGCGUCCAAAGCCCGUGUACGAUUCGGGAGUGCCCCAAGAAUUCGUUGAGCUCCACAAAAAGGAAAGUGACAUAUAAUUGACAUAAUGUUUCAUGUUUUCUAUCCUUUGAUAUUUUUGAUCGUUAUUGUUGUACUAGCGGUCAUAAUCGCUAUAGUUCGAUAUGGUGAGCGAUUUUGUUCUGUACACAGAGACCCCGUAAUGUACAACAAUGAUCACGAGCAAUUUGUCGAACAAGUAUCAUACGCUUAACCUAAUAGCAAUAAUUAUUUAUCGACUGCCGUCACUUAGUAUUAAAUUAUUCGAGCACUCAUCCGUCCAUUUACACUUAUAACGUACGACCUUUAAAUAUUUUAUAUUAUAUUGACCGCAAUGAAUAUCUAUGAUAUUAUUGCUUUAGAUAAUAUACACAUAUUUUUUUCUUAAUCUAAAUAUGUUUUGAAUAUUUGUAUUGAAUUAAUUCUCAUUAAUGUUAUACAACUUUUACUAAUUUUCUAUUUUAAACUUAUUUAAAAAUGUAUUUAAAAUACACAAAUAAUUAUUCUCAAAUGAUUUUCAAGAAGCAACGAACAAUUGAUUUUAUUGUUUUUAGUAUUUUUACGUAUUAUCAAUAGUUAAUAAUUCACCAUACCGUUUUUAAAAUCAUAAUCAUUUGAAAAUGAAUAUUAUUGAUUUUAUAAUAAAUCAAAAUA